GACAAUUUUGUGUCGGUUCUAAAUUCAAGCCAGCCAGCUUCAUCAGUAUAUAUAGCAAUGCUCCUUGUUAGUCCAAUACAUAGUAGUCACUUAUAGAAGCUCAUAGCUUCAGAUCAAGCCUGCACAUUUCUUUCAGGAGUGAUUCCCAAUGCGGAUUCUUUCUGUUUCCCGGGGUCUGCCAACUGCUUUGUUGGUUACGUUGUUGGUGUCCGUGAGCUUCUGCUAUGCGGAUGACAAAACAGUUGAGGUUGUCGGGCUAGGAGAAUGUGCAGACUGUAAAGAAAGCAACAUUCAGACUAGCCAAGCCUUUUCUGGGCUUCAAGUGACAGUCGAUUGUAAAACGAGUGAGGGACAUCUCCAAAGAAGAGGCGUUGGAGAGCUGGACAAAGAAGGAAAAUUUAAGGUUAAUCUUCCAAAAGAGAUGUUGGAAGAUGGAAAACUGAAGGAGGAAUGCUAUGCACAACUUCACAGUGCAUCGUUUGCUCCUUGUCCUGCUCACGGUGGCAUUGAAUCAAUGAAGAUUAUCUUCGAGUCCAAAACAGAAGAAAAACACACCUUUAGCACUAAUGGAAAACUAAAAUUCUCAGCACAAGUGUGCACCUCAGCUUUCUUGUGGUCACACCCAUGGAAGAAGUACCUUCCACCAUUGACUCCUCAUCCUUGGAAGAAGUACCUUCCACCAUUGACUCCUCACCCGUGGAAGAAGUACUUUCCACACCCCUGGAAGAAGUCACCAGUUUAUAUGCCUCCAGUGUAUUCAUCCCCACCAACUCCAGUUUAUACCAAGCCACCAACCCCGGUUUAUACCAAGCCACCAACGCCAGUUUAUACUAAGCCCCCAACGCCAGUCUAUACUAAGCCACCAACGCCAGUUUAUACUAAGCCCCCAACACCGGUCUAUUCUAAGCCACCAACGCCAGUUUAUACUCAUCCACCUACGCCAGUUUAUACUAAGCCACCAACGCCAGUUUAUACACCAAAACCAGUUUACAAGCAUCCACCAAAGCCAGUAUACUCACAUCCCCCGACUCCAGUCUAUACACAUCCACCAAAGCCCGUUUAUACUCAUCCCCCAACUCCAGUUUAUACACAUCCACCAAAGCCGGUUUACACUCAUCCCCCAACUCCAGUUUAUACACAUCCACCAAAGCCAGUUUAUAGUCACCCCCCAACUCCAGUAUACACACAUCCACCCAAGCCGGUUUAUACUCAUCCCCCAACUCCCAAAUACUCCAAGCCACCAACGCCAGUUUAUACCAAGCCACCAACGCCAGUUUAUACACAUCCACCUACGCCAGUAUAUACUAAGCCACCAACGCCAGUUUAUACACAUCCUCCAACGCCAGUUUAUACACAUCCUCCAACUCCGGUUUAUUCACAUCCGCCUAUCUAUAAGAAGCCUUGCCCGCCCAUUGUUCCUCUGCCUAAGCUUCCUCCAAAAUAUUUCCACCACCCAAAAGUACCCAAGAUUCCUAAAAAAUUCUUCCCCCACCCAAAAGUACCCAAGAUUCCUAAAAAAUUCUACCCCCACCCUAAAUUGACCUUCCCACCGCUACCACCUUACCACCCUUGAGGCCUCCAUGAUAUUUCUGUUUUUAUUUGAAGUUCACAUAAACUGUUGUUUUCUUUUAUUGAAAGAUUUCGGGUAAUAUCCCUUGUUCCAGCAAUAAUAAAUACCUUUCUGGAUAUAGAGAUAUAGUUGAAGAUUGCAGAUUAGUGCCGAGUGAUUGUGGUACUACCUGAUAAAAGAACGUUAAUAUCAGUCAUGUAUUUACAUUACACGUUGAAUGUUUAUUUCAAGAUUGUAUUUGUAAGCUUUUGCUUCUAUUUGUAAAGUUGAAAUACAAUGCAUUUGUCCUGGUUAUAAUUUUAUUAA